GAGAAAGAGAGUCUGUGGCGAAGUUAGCUUUGGUUUCUCAACUUCUUUUGGUGCAACUAUAGUUGAUAUAAGCGAAACCAGUGUCUGUGAUUAGUGAUAGGAUAUGCCUAGUAGUGAACACACCUGAGAUGGCGGGCUUAUCAGUGUCUUUCUUUAAGUGUUUUCCGUUUUUUAAGUGUAUUUUGUUUUCGGUUUUGUUUUUGUGUAGUUUCCGUUGCUCGGCUUCCGAUAAAUUAGUUUCGUCGCCAGUUUUUGCAUCGAUCAACGAAUUGGGCAGAGAUGAGUGUGACCGGGGUUCUAGAAGCCUGAGCGAUGGAGCCCUAUCACAACUGCAUUCCAUUUCGGACAUAGUUUCGUUUGGUAUGCUACCUACAAAUGCCACCAACAGCAGAUGCAGAGAAGACUCCGUCAGGCUCAUAGAAAACGCGCGUCUCUACGAUCUGCACUCUCUCAAUGUUCUAGAUUCAUGGGGCAAAUUUCCAUCCAGUGUGUUGCGAGGAAAUAUCAUCCAAUUUGGAAAUUUUGACCAGUGCAUAAGGACCAAUGAGCGUUACUGUCUUCUCACUCUCUCACUCCCUAAGCUGAAGGCAUUUGACCAUCUCAUUCACUCGCAUCAUAUCCUAGCCAGUACCAUGGAAGAUUCAGGCCACCGUGUCCCAGUAAGCUUCUCGUUGGUGCAGUGGGGUGUAUGUGUGCCCAGCUCUUGUGGGGCGACAGACAUUGAGUCAGCACUUCGCUCCAAUGUGGCUACACACGCUCAUGCAAGCGGGGUCGAAGUCAGGGUGGAAGACAAGAUGUGUCAAGCCAGGGUAGACCCUUUGCCUGCUCCCAAGUAUGGCAUGAGGAUUGCCUUAUUGGUGUUUGGCAUACUGAUAUCAUCAUGUAUAGCUGCCACGUUACUAGACAGUGAUAACUACAGAGCAAGGAGACCUAACAGUGCUCUGAUGUGUUUUUCUCUGAAGAAAAACUGGAAAAAACUGACAGACACUGAGACCAGCAAUGCAGAAGACAUCGACUGUCUGAAUGGAGUGAGAUUUAUGAGCGCUCUCGCUCUACUCUUCUCUCAUAAGCAGAUGGGUCUAAUGUUUCUGCCCUACAUCAACCGCACUGAUUUAGCUGAGAUAACUGGUAUGGCAUGGUCAACAAUUGGCAGAACAGCUAUUAUUCACACGGACGCUUUCAUAUUCAUGAGUGGUCUCCUAACUGCAAGAAGUUUUUUGAAUGAACUUAGCCGCAAAGGAAAACUGGACGUCAAAUCAAGAUUAAUCUCAAGAAUUUUCAGGCUGAGUCCCAACUUGAUGGCUGUAAUUCUGUUUGCCACAUGGAUAUUUCCGAAUAUCAACUGGGGUCCCCUCUGGCCUCAAGUUGUUACAACACACUCCCAACUCUGUCGCAAAUAUUUCUGGCGAAAUAUGCUCUACAUUCACAAUUUCUUCCCCUUUGAAAAGAUGUGUCUCACUCACACCCAUCAGUUGGGUAUGGACAUGCAGCUAUUCAUAGCAUCUCCUCUCCUUGUCUACUGUAUGUGGAGGUGGCCCAAGAGAUCGGUGCUAGGCUUACUAACGGCUGCAUCCUUAUCAACCAUGUUUAGAUACAACGCAACCAUUGAACACAAUCUCAGUCCUAUUGUGCACUAUGGAGUGUCAAUAGCCCAGUUGAUGAGGACUGCAGAUUUGUCUUAUAUCCGGCCAACACACAGAGCUACUGUUUAUAUAAUGGGAAUUUUCUUUGCCUAUUACCUGCAUUUGAGAAGGAAUCAGCCACCACUUAUUAUGUCUAAGAUGACAGUAGCAUUUGGAUGGCUGUUUGGUCUUACAUUGGGACUUGUGGUGUUGAUUGGUCCCUACAACACGGCUCUCCUGGGAUAUGUUUAUGAUCCAGUUGAAGCAGCCAUCUACUCAGCCUUCUCUCCCAUUCUAUGGUGCACAUUUAUCUCAUGGGGAGUGAUGGCUUCUCAUUAUGGUUACGGAG